ACAGCGUCACUCUGCACUGACCUCUUCGUCUCUCCAGGAUGCUCCUCUUCCUCUUCCUCAGCCUGCUCCUCUUCUUCUCUGAGAGCUUCUCCUCCAUGGAGAUGAACCAGACCUCCAAGCUGCUGGUGGAGAACGGAGGAGAGCAGUGUUCAGCCUGUGACUUCAGGGAGCACAGCAAGCAGAUGAGGCUCCACAGCAUCAAGACCCAGAUCCUCAGCAUCCUGCGGCUGGAACAGGCUCCCAACAUCAGCCGGGACAUGAUCCGCCAGCUGCUGCCCAAAGCGCCUCCUCUGACCCAGCUGCUGGACCAGUACGACCCGAGAGUAGAGGACGAGGACCGGGCCACCACGGAGACCAUCAUCACCAUGGCUACCAAGCCUGAUCCGAUCGCCCAGGACGAGUUGUCCUCCUGUUGCCUGUUCAGCCUCAGUCCGAAGAUCCAACCCAAAAACAUCCUCCGUGCUCAGCUGUGGGUUCACCUGCGGCCGGCCGACAUCGUCACCACCGUCUUCCUGCAGAUCUCCCGCCUCAAACCCGGGAAGGAGGGAAACAACACCCGAGUCAGAGUCCGCUCCCUGAAGAUCGACACGGACGCCGGUGCCGGCUCCUGGCAGAGCAUUGACAUCAAGUCACUGCUGCAGGCUUGGCUGCGUCAACCAGAGACCAACUACGGGCUCGAGAUCAACGCCUACGACUCCAGUGGAGGAGAUCUGGCCGUCACCUCAGCAGAGCCCGGAGAGGAAGGACUGCAACCGUUCAUCGAAGUGAAGAUCCUCGACAACCCCAAGAGAUCCCGCCGUGACUCGGGCCUCAACUGUGACGAGGAGUCUGCAGAGACCCGCUGCUGCCGCUACCCGCUCACCGUCGACUUCGAGGAGUUCGGCUGGGACUGGAUCAUCGCGCCCAAACGCUACCGGGCCAACUACUGCUCGGGGGAGUGCGAGUUCAUGCACCUGCAGCAGUACCCACAUGCACACCUGGUGAACAAGGCCAACCCACGGGGCACAGCGGGGCCCUGCUGCACGCCCACCAAGAUGUCACCCAUCAACAUGCUCUACUUCAACCGCAAGGAGCAAAUCAUCUACGGAAAGAUCCCAUCCAUGGUGGUCGACCACUGCGGCUGCUCCUGAGGAAGCCGCGGCGUCUGCAGGACAUAUAGAAGCUUUGUUUUCAGCAAAAGUGAAGAAAAAAAAAUCAAUAUUUUGUUAAAAAUCUAUCCCAUCUAUGAAAGAGAUGCAAGGAGUAUUCUCAAGGACAGGACUCCUAUUUUUAGUUUCAUACUUUGUGCUUUUAUCCAACUACAACAAUUAGAUAUCAGACUAAACAUUAUAGAAAGAAGUUAUUCUGAAGGAACAACUAAAGAUCAGAAAAGCACAACGGAGAUCUCAGAAGUUCUUAAUCUAAACUUCUAGACUGUGAAAAGUGGUGGCAGUAUAUCGGGAUGACAAGUAAGGUUUGCAGUAAACAAGCAAGAACAAUGGUGGAACGUUUUGAAGAGAAACACAUAGAGUCACUUUUUCUUCACUAUAAAGUAACUUUGUCAGAAGUAUCACCAUGUUCAGUUAUCGGCAUUUUUAUGUUGUGCAAAACCUGAUUUUUUUCAAUGACUGUCCCCUAGUGGGUGAACUUUUUAAUCCUCCUGGCAAUGAGAACGAUGCAAUGGUAAAAAGCAUGAGUAUAAUUCAUUAAUGAAUUAGAUAUGAAGUUGGCAAAAUUGCAUAAUGCAUAUUCAAAAAAGAUAUAUAGACUGACUCCUACUGCUUCCUGUCCUCCUGUCUUGUGAAAACGUGUUCUGAUUUGAGCUUUGACAACAGCAAACCCUGCAGGGUGUCUUCCACGUGCGCCUUUAUUUUGAAAAACAUGAACCUACUGACUCUGAGCUGACCCAAAGCUUGUUUGCAAACUCCUCGCUGUGAUCUGUUCUCGAGAAAGUUGUCAGCAAUGUUCUUCCUUUGAGAUGGCUGCCCCGUCUCCCCUUAUGAGUGUAUUUAAUGAGUUGACGACCAGCACAAGGGAAAGUGAUAGGAUGAGAGACCUGUCAAUCAAGGCAGACCUCCAAUCAAAUCUUAACCUGUACGAUUUGUAGACCUGUAAUCAAACAGUUCACAAUUCUAUUCUUCAGGCCUAAAGGUUGUCAGAAGAUUUUCAAAGCUGAUUUUUAAUAAUGUUUUCCUUCUUCUUCUUCUUUUCUGGCAUUUUGCAAUUUUUCUUCUCUGGUUUUAUAGCUUGCAAGCACUAUACAUUUGCAGGAAAAAGAGACUGAAAGUGGCUGAAAGGUGAUUUGUUGCACCUGUAACAACACCCACUGACACACCCUGGAGUAAACUUCUACAACACUGCAGCAGGAUGAGAAGCUAAAACACUGAAGGUCAGCAAAAACAAGAUUUUAGGUGGUGUAAAGUUGGUACAAGAUACUGAAAUAAAAGCUACGAACAAGUAA